GUUUUUUAUUUUAUGUUUUAUUGAAGAGAAAUUAAAAGGUAACUUUAGAAACCUCUAGAAAGAAGUCGACAAUUGUGGUUGAGGACAGUUUUAAAAGAAAUGUAGUGAAACAGACCGUGCUGGGAACUAAAAAACAAGUCGCAGAUGCUUUAUGGAAAGAUGCUGAUAUGCAGACCACUUUAUCCAAGAAAGUAAUUGACAAAGUGGAGAAAGAAGUUGUGGAUCUUUGUGCAACCUCCAAACCAAGUAUUCUUAGGACUACAGAUCCCCUUGCACUUGUCUCUGUCACCCCAUCUGCUGUUUGCAAAGAACUACAAGAGCGUGCUCCCACAUUUUAUACUAUGCUUGAGACCAUUACAGGUUCCCAAAAGAGCAAAACUUCAAAGGAUAAUUUGCUAACAAUCACAUCUGGUGCAGCUGUCAUCCUUAAAGGGAGAAAUAUGCACAUGAGUGCAUGGGCAGCAAAGAACUCCCUCACAUUAGAACAUGGUGGAUGCUCAACAAUGGCAAUGAAAAGGCUUGCUAAACAGAAUGUGACAGUUGAUCCUAAUACAACACGUGCCAGAAAGAAGGUUUUAGCAAAGGAUCACGAUAAAGUAAUAUUGGAGCAAAAAGAAACUUUGGAAAAAGACAUUGUAAAGGAGAUGGUUGUGAAUGAGCUGUUGACUGUAGACGGUCUCACAAUGGAGCAUUUACAAUCCAGUAGACAAGGAACAGUUACAGAAACUGAGGGAAGUGUUGAACAAACUACACAUGUGCCACUUCAGAUUCAGAGCAGAGGGUUAGAUACAGACUUCCUUCCAAGUCUAGCAUGGUCUUUUUAUGUGCCAGAAAAUGAAGAUAAAGAUCAGGAUGAAGAUACCAGAAUCUUUGAGAGGCUAAAGGACUUUGAAAAAGACUAUGCAGGACAUUUUGGCCUGGUAGUAGAUGAAGUAAUUAGUCAUUCCCAGACAUUAGAAUGUGACACUUUAUUGAGGCUUAAAAAAGCAAUGAGAGACAGCAAAUCAGCUGGCUAUCAAGUUAUUGGUGACAAUGUUGAUCUCCUCAUCAAGGCACGGCACAUGUCCUCAGAAAGACAGAAUAAGGAUAUUCAUUGGUUUUUCAUGUAUGCGGCCAUAGACGAGGUAUCAGGAUCACACUUGGAUAACUUCAGAAUGCCAAAAGUGUCUGAUGUCCCUUUGACCAAAUGCCUCCCAAACUCUUUUGAUGUCAAGAAGUUGAAAUAUCAUUGUAUGGUCUUAUGGUCUCGUGUAGUGGUACACUGGAUACCUGCUCUACAAUGCCUCAGCAAGGCAGUUGUUCGUCACAUACCACACCGCUAUGAAAACACCAUGAAAGCUAAAACAACAACAGUUCCUCUGGGGCUUCUGUGCAAAAAUGAGAACUUGCCUGAAGACAUGCUAUUCAUUCUGAAACAUGUGCAGGACAGAUAUGUCCCCCAGAGAGUUAACAAGGACAAAAAGAAUGAAAUUUUAGAGCAGAUCUUUUUCGGAGGAGACAACCUAACAGUUGAACGAGCAGUCAACGCUCAGAGGGCAUCCUUAGAUGGUGAUUCACCAUGGGAAAGAUUGCAAGGCAUUGUUGCAAAGAAUGAAGAUUGGCAUGCUGACAGAAACAAAUUCCAGGUAGUGUGGUUCUCCAAUGCAACAGUUACAAACAAUGCCAAUGCAAAACUAGAUCCUCUUGAAAACUACACAAAGGUUAAAGAACCAUUCAAUUUGUAUUUGGAUGUGUACAUCGUGGCAGCAACAAUGGCCUAUCUAAGAUUGGAAUCUAUUGAGGAAAAUGUGGAAAUUGUCCCAGACAAAAUAAAAAGUGCAUCUUUGGAUGACCAGAGAGAGUGGCUCCAUGCCCUUAUUCAGCCUAUGAUUGAGCAGUUUGUACUCCCAUCACUGUCAACAGAAUCCCUUCAGACCCUGUCAAGAUCAGCAGAAGAGCCAAAGACAUAUGAAUGCCCUUUAUGCAAGAAAUCUUACAAGUACCAAGGUGCAUUACAAAACCACAUGUCAAAGCAACACCAGGAAACUGCAGAGAGUAAUCCAGCAGAAACAGAAGCCACUGUUGAACAAGAGGACCAUAUCUUUAACUAUGGUUGUGUGUUUAUCACACUUGGCCUCAUGCUGAGGAACUCUGAUGAUGCAGUUAAGGAGGGAGAUGGGGAAAGAAUUAUUUCAAUGUGGAAAUUUUUUCUACCAAUUUGGAAGAAUGAAGGAAGUACAAAAUAUGCCCUUUCAGCUUUGGAACUCUUUCUAACCCUGUAUGGUCGCCUCACAGAACAAGCUGCGCAUAGAUUAAUUUGGAACAGAACAAUCAACAAAAAAGGUGGCAAGGGGAAACGUAUUUCAAGAGACUUUUACAUAGAAAACUUGAAUUUAGUUUUGAAAGAUUCAUUCAAACACUUAGGGGUUAAUAUCAAUGAGAAAACUGCUGUGCUGGAGAGCCAAGCACUGUAUGGUAUAGAUAUCAUCCUCAACAGCCAGAACCAGGACUUGGGUUUAAAGAAGCCAUCUGGCUAUCACAAGAGGGUACGAUCCGAGUUAGACUUCAAAAUUGUAUUAAAUGAGGUGGUAAGAAAAUGUGACAUGUUCAAUGUGGUAGUUGGGAGAGAAUUCCACUCCUUUCCUAGCUUUAACAGGAGUAUUCUUCAUGGCCUUGACCACACAGGCUUCAUCAAGUGGAUGAAAGCCCAUAAAAGAAAAUUAGAAAUUGAAGAUGAAGUUAGGUCAUACGUGUGAGUAAAACUGAAGAUUGUGGCCUGGUUUCACAUUAAAAUAAUGUCAGACGGUUUUGUCCAAUUUUCACAGUUUUUAUAGCUCUGCACCAACAGUAUGUCAAUUUGUUUACUCUGCCAAGUACAUCUCAACUUUUCAUUGUGAGCUUGUAAUACUUCUUGUAUUGGAUGAAGCACUUCAUGU